UUGUGCAGUGAUACGAUUAAAUCGCGAACUCAAGAACCACGUCAUGAUCUGACACGAUCCCGAUUGCGAUCAGCAAUCGGUCGUGUCGUCACUCAGCGUUUGCACAAUAUAAUGGUCAACCAUUGUUCAAUAAUGAACAAGGCAAUACUGGUCAAUUCGGGGCAGGUGGGAAUACAGCGCCACAGACUCCAGUGUCCCCGAAUAUAGGAGUCUUGGAUAUACCAACAGUAAAUCUGGCAUCCGGAAGUAUACCAAGUAUAUCCUCAGCAGGCAUUUCAAGCUAUCCCAAUGGGGGUAUUGGCGACUUUUACAACAAGGUCAAUCCUAACGGUGUCUACUCUAACACGGCACCUGGAAGUUAUGCUACCUCUAACAUGCAAUAUCCUACAGGACAGUAUUCUAACGGAGGUUCUGUUAAUGGUUACGGUGUUAAUGAGGGCUCUCUUAACGGGGGCAACCCUUACGGGAGUUCUUCUAACGGGGGCUCUCUUAACGGAGGCAAUCCUUACGGGAGUUCUCCUAACGGGGAUUCUCUUAACGCGGGCUCUUUUAACGGGGGAAAUCCUUACAGUAGUUCUCUUAACGGGGACUCUCUUAACGCGGGCUCAUUUAACGGGGAUUCUUUUAACGGGGGCAAUCCUUACAGCAGUUCUCUUAACGGGGGCUCUCUUAACGGAGGCAAUCCUUACGGGAGUUCUCCUAACGGGGACUCUCUUAACGCGGGCUCUUUUAACGGGGGCUCUCUUAACGGGGGCAAUCCUUACAGCAGUUCUCUUAACGGGGGCUCUCUUAACGGGGGCAAUCCUUACGGGAGUUCUCCUAAUGGAGGCUCUCUUAACGGGGGCAAUUCUUACAGCAGUUCUCUUAACGGGGGCUCUCUUAACGGGGGCAAUCCUUACGGGAGUUCUCCUAACGGAGGCUCUCUUAACGGAGGCAAUCCUUACGGGAGUUCUCCUAACGGAGGCUCUCUUAACGGAGGCAAUCCUUACGGGAGUUCUCCUAACGGGGGCUCUCUUAACGGGGGCUCUCUUAACGGGGGCAAUCCUUACAGCAGUUCUCUUAACGGGGAUUCUCUUAACGGGGAUUCUCUUAACGGAGGCUCUCUUAAUGCAGGCUCUUUUAACGGAGGUUAUCCUUACGGGAGUUCUUUUAACGGGGGCUCAUCUAGCGGGGGUUAUGCCAACAACGGAGUUUCCCCUAAUGCGUUUUCUCUUAACGGAGUAUCCUCUAACGGGUUUUCCCCUUAUACGGGCUAUUCCAAUGGGGCCUAUUCUAACGGAAACGGUGCAUCUUCUGGAACACUGAAUUCUAAUAAUGAGGACAACAAAAAUGGUAUAACAUAUAAUUAUGACUUUCUCGGAUUAUCAAACAACAAAUUUCUUGGAUCAAUCAAUGCUUCAACAAGCCGGAACAAUAUAAACACCGAAGAACUGUUCAAAAAUGAAAAUAAGACAUCAACAGUAAAUUACUCCAACGUUAGCGGCCUUAAUAAUGGCGUGCCGAACAUAGCAGCAAAACUGCAAGACACGCAACAGUGCAGGGACGAUGAGUUCCGCUGUGGAAGCAGCGAGUGUGUGCCACUUAGUGUCAAGUGCGAUAAUAAAACUGACUGUCGCGAUUCCAGCGAUGAGGCAUUUUGUAUUACGAAUAAAAAUCAAGAGAGUGGUUGCCCCUUACCUGAGCAGCCGAAGGGUGGAUAUUAUCGGUUGGGACAAUGCAAGGAUCUGUGUAAUAAACAUCCCGGUGACAUUGUCCCGUCACUCAGUGCCCUCAUUUACGUCUGUGCAAACAACUAUCAAUUGAGCGGCAGCAACAACAUCACUAUAUGUAUCAACAACAAGUGGCAGAAUCCGCCCUCGUGUCUCAAAAUUUGCCCGCCGUUGAACAGCAUCAGCGUAAACAUUUCCUGCAGCUAUCAAGGAAGAUCAGUGUCCUGCAGCAAAUUCAUGCUGCCUGGCACACGAGCCAGGUUGUCUUGUAAAUCAUUUUAUAAAUUACCUUUAUCGGCCAAUCCGGGUUACAAGGUAAUAACGUGCCUCGAAAAUGGUUUAUGGAAUCAUCCCCUUUUUCAAUGUCAACCAGAAUGUGGCAAAACCACCUCGUACGGUUUGAGACUAGUUACAAAUGGUCAGCUAACUAAGCCGGGGACGUUUCCUUGGCACGUUGGUAUCUACAGGAAGAAAAACGAGAUGAUGUACGAGCAGAUAUGCGGCGGUUCCAUCAUUAGCAGCAACCUCGUCGUUUCAGCUGCUCAUUGCUUCUACGACGAGAGCGAACAGAAAAUUUACAAUGAGUCGAACUAUGCUGUGGCCGCCGGUAAGCUGCGUCGCGCUUGGGAUGCCGAAGAGCGAAAUAGUCAGAAGUCGUUGGUGGAGAGUAUCCAAUUACGUAGCAGAUACUAUGGGACGAGGGGUAACCUCGCCGAGGACAUAGCUCUGGUGAAGCUGAAAACACCCUUACAGUUGAGCGCGCUGGUGCUGCCUAUUUGCAUGGACUGGGAAAAUAUAUACGAGAAAGAGCAGCUGCAUGUGGGGCAAUCAGGCAAGGUGACCGGCUGGGGUAGAGAUACCAAUGGCAAGUCCACCGAGGACCUGUACGAAGUGACCAUGCCGUACGUGACGUUCAGUCGAUGUCAGAGCGAGGUACCCAAGGAAUUUCGCGGAUAUAUCACACACGAUAAGUUCUGUGCCGGUCGCAAGAAUGGUUCGAGCGUCUGCGAUGGAGACAGCGGUGGCGGCCUGUGUUUCGAGAAAAAUGGGGUUUGGUACCUUCGUGGUAUCGUGAGCGUGAGCCCGGUGAAAGAUGGUCAUUGCGAUUACGACUCGUAUGUUGGAUUUACCUACGUCAGUCACUUCCGUACUUGGAUCCGCUAUUCUUACGUCAAGGAGUAAACAUGUAGAGGGGCCGAGCACGCGAGAUAUCCCAGGCAGAACAGGAAAUCAUGAUGACACCAAAAUGACGUCAAAAUGAUGAGGAAAACUCAUUUUUCCAUCAUAACUCGGUCAUUUCCUCGUCAUUUUGAUGUUAUCAUGAUUUUCUGUUCUACCUGGGAUGUUGCCGAUAUCUUCAACGAGCACGUUGAAAAUAAACGGGCGCACGAAUGAUAAUAAGAGCGCCGAACCCAAAAAAUUGACAAUUGUACACAUGAUUUUUGCAAAAUAUCCCAACAAUAUCGAUCGACAGGAGAUUUCCGCAAACGGACAUGAAAAUGUAUAUAUUUCUGCGAUCGAAGUCGCUUUUAUAUUGCAGAUUCAAUAAAGAACUAA